AUAAUGUGAAUAUAUUUCAUUUAAAUAGAGGGAUGUAAUACAAAUACUUCCAUUCACAAAAUACGAGUGGAAGUUACUUGAGUUGCUAAAGAAGGAAUAGUAAUAACAAUGAAGUUUUCAACCAUUUUUGUGAUGUUAAUGGCGGUCGUUGCACUCUUUGCUGGCCAGACUAGCGCCGACCCUAAACUCAACUUUCACGCUAUAAGAAAAGGAAGCCGUAUAAUUAAAGCGGGUCUUGGAUUUGUUGGUGCUGCGGGAACGGCUCAUGAAAUAUAUAACUUCAUCCAAAAUAGAAAAAGAAAGAAUAACUAAUUUUACAUUACAACGAAGAUGAUAUAGGAAUUUUUAAUUAAUGAAAUUUUCUAAAUAUACUAAUAAAUGUCUUAAUUAAGAAAAUUCUCAAA